AUGAGCGUUCGCAUACCCAUGAGAAACCCUAUAGAUGUUCGUGUGGGAAGGCAUUCAGCAGGAGGCAUGUACCCCUUUCCUUACGUGGCGCGAAAAUCCGUCCUGACAUCGGUCUCCAGGGAUUUGCUGAGCAGACAUGGGAAGGCGUGGCCUUCGAGCGAUAACCACAAAUCUCUGCCUGUGUCGCGUAGCAGAGGGGUACAAGUUAAUGAUCAGCUCCAAACAGCAGAGACGGGCCCGGCGCAUCGUGGGAGUAAUGUGAGUCUGGACUUUCUAGACGUCUCUUCUCUGCAAACUACGAGAGAUGAUGCUUGUGUAGACCCUUUGAGGGCCCCUCCCACUGAUUCAAACCCCGGACGUGCGGAUAAAGGCAGUUUCCACAAUGCUUCCGUUGAACCACAGCCAGCAAGUUCCUCGAUCGCCGAAUCCCAGAAACAUUUUCCUGAGCAAAAUCCCUGUCAAGAGUCUGCGCAGGACCAAGUACGGAAUGACCGAGUGGUCUUAUGGGCGGGCGAACAGGAAGGCAGGAUGAUAAAUGGUGACAAUAGCAACGACCUUAUGAGGCAAGGAGCCUCGUACAAUCCUGUCUGGCCCUCUGGGGUUGACAACUACAACUUUUCUCUGGGUGACUUGGACUUGCCGUCCCAUCUACCCCCUUCAGAUUUCCAAGGCGAGCAUACCAUGCCAUCGUUGGUCUCAAACAUAUCGCAGGAUGAACGUUCCGAAGAGAUCCCUUUGGCGGACCCUGCGGGGACCAGUGGGACGUCUGGCAAACAGCCAAAUGAAGAUGAUUACAACUUCUCCCGGUUUGCAUCCGGACUCCCUUCUCUACAGCCAAGUCUUCCGGAGGCAUCUACGGACAAUUCACUGCUCAUCGAUGACCAUGUUCCGCACAGACCCUGGUGGAGGAUCUCCAGCUCCGAAUACUACGAUAUACUUCAGAAGGUACAGAGUUUUUAG